AUGGCCGACAUGGAUACCUACGAUGCUGACCAGCGCACCUACGAGGGUACGUUCCAAUUCUGAUAUUUCCAUCAACACGACAUUGCCGGCGCAACGCCAAGCUUGACAAACGACGGUCAAUAGCUUCAGCCUCACAGACCACUUGCAUGAGGAAGAAGCACACAGUCCGAAGAGCCACAGGCUAACACUUCACGUGCAGAGGAGCGCGAAUACCCGCAGCGCGACCGCUCGCGUUCUCCCGAGCGCGAUCGUGAUGGCGAUGUCCGUGUUCGCGAUGAGCCAGCUAACGGACGUGCUGACCGGUAAGUGAUCAUGGAUCGCGGUCUGUAUUCUCUCAAGGGCAAUCUCUGACAUAUUGCACAGCGACGACCGAGCUGCGGACAAGAACGGCGGCGGCGACGAUGCGACCAACCCGGGCUCGAACCUCUUCGUUACUGGAAUUCAUCCACGCCUUACGGAAGAGGAGGUCUCUCGUCUUUUCGAGAAGUACGGCGAAGUUGAGAAGUGCAACAUCAUGCGUGACCCACACAGCCGCGAGAGUCGUGGCUUCGGCUUCGUCAAGAUGGUGACGGCGGCAGAGGCGGAUGCUGCGAAGGAAGCAUUGCAAGGCGAGGUCUACGAGGGCCGCACUCUCAGCAUUGAGAAGGCUCGCCGUGCUCGUCCUCGUACGCCAACUCCUGGCAAAUACUUUGGACCACCAAAGAGAGGUUUGCCACUCCGUGCUUUCGACCCCUACCCCUACUGUGCGCCCCUUCCUGCUACCCUUCGGGUAGUGUGCAGGCUAUGCUGACACUCAGACAGACGACCGACCUCGUGGUGGCUUUCGUGGAGGCGACCGGUACAACGACGUAAGUAUACUUGACCUUCGUCGAUGACCCAACACGUGCUAAUCUUCUUAGGAUCGUGGACACGGCCGGCGAGACGAUCACCGCCGUGGCGGAGACUACCGAGACCGGUAUGAUGAUCGUGGCUAUGGUCGUCGCGAUGACUACCCUCCACGUGAUCGCUACCGCGAUGACCGCUAUGGCGGUGACCGCCGCGGCGGAGGCUACGACCGCCCACCUCGUGGCCCGCCACCAGAGCGUGGAGUCGGAGGUCCUGGGUACGGCGACUCUGCUGCGCCUCGCGACGCUCCUCCAGCGCGCAGCUACGAGGAACGCCGAAGCUACGACUAA